UGGUUAGCUCAGGAAGGUUUCGACCAAUAGCAACCUUCGGGCAGCUGUCCGUUAGUGACGCCCGUCGAGAUUUCUGGCGUUAUGAAAGGCUUCCCUGGCGGACUCUUCACUCAUUCGCUCAAGCUCAGGGAGCCUUGGGGAAUUUCGAAAGCUCAGUCAAAGAAGCGCAGGGACAUAGGCGAUGUCUUGGAGCAAGCGGCGCUGUGUUGCGCGGCGGACAGCACCCGAUAAGUUACACCUUGAUUUAUCUCCUAUUCUGACAGGCACGCUCGACCCUCCACGUCAGUCCAGCAGGUCUCGGCUUCCCCAUCGAGUGAACCGGGAAACAUGAGGCGUGUCACCCAGUCAGACGUUGGCAGCGCACGACAUUAUCUACUGUCGCAUCCGUAUCGAUUUCCGAGUCGUUUUGCCUCGAGGCGUACUUGGCUCGACGAGUAGGCUACCGGUCCUGCGGAGACGGAUGCGGCUGAGAUACCCAUGGGCUGUGGACUGAGAGUGUGAUUGAUUGAAGACUUGACGCGUAAUGGUCAGAUUCGGACCCGGUUCGCCACUCCCUCGCGGGCGCGUCGAGCCGAACCAUUGGUGUGGCAAGCGAGCCCUGGCGCGAGGCUUGUCGAAACAAUCUGUCUCGGACGACGUCGACGAUCAAGCUUCAAAUCGGACUCGUGUUGGCAGUUCGAGACACCGACUCUUCUAGUCACGUCUGUGUCGCCCUGCGAUGGUCGUUGUAAUGAAAUGUCGGUGCAAUCUCAUGGAAUGUGAGCGUCAUUGGCAGAGAGCUGAGAAGGGGACGUCCAGACAGGUCCAGGUCCACUAUGUCCGAAAUCGGAUUGGCGUGCGCCACCUUUCGCCCACGGGAAGCUGCAUUUCCCAGAACGUUGUGGCACUCGGCGCGCUUGCCGCUUGCCGCUUCGCUCGAAUGUUGACAUGAGCUUCAUUUAUCUUGCUUUUCUUCGCUCCACCCUCGGAUUCCCUCCUCCCUCUCGUCUAUGGCUACGAGCGUUCAUGCGGAGGCGCCGCUGUCGGCUCUGUUCGUCGGUGUAAUGCUCACGACCAUAUUCUACGGGGUGACGCUCUAUCAAGCAUCGACAUACUAUCGAACUUACACUAACGACCCACGACACAUGAAGUUCAUCGUCGCAUUACUCUUACUGUUAGAUACCACCCAGGUCUCGCUCGCGUUCGCCUCUUUGUAUGGAUACGCGAUCAGCUUUCACGAAGACUCUGCGAUGCUCGGAGACGUGUCCAGCCCUUUCAUCGCGUCUAUGGUUGUCACGUCUGCCAUCGCGUUUCUAGUCCAGUUAAUAUAUGCGUAUCGUAUAUGGCGGCUGAGCGCCGGUAAUGCCUAUCUAACAACUCUAGUGCUUGCUCUUUCGUUCGUGUCUCUGGGAAGCUCGAUGGCUAUGACCGCGAGAACAAUCUGCAAUCCGCGAUGGGAUGCGACGCGGGUCAAUGAUCUUCCUGCCGGGAUGAUCCUCGCCUCCAUUCUGAGCUGCGAUAUCCUCAUCGCCGCUUCGCAGGUAUGGCUGUUCCACCGCCAUCGGAUGAAGCGCGGCAGGCUUCUCGCAUUCUUCACUCUCCGUCGACGAUCGGUCUCGGUGUCGUUAAUAGACGGGCAGGCGCGGGGGAGUACGUCAACGGAGAUCCCACGCCCGUCGGUGACUUCCUCGCCGCUCGAUGGGCGUCCUAGUAAUGAGUCAAUUCCGACUAAGACGGGUGGGAUCGGGGCUGAGGCCGGGACUGAGGAUGAUGUGUGCCAAUUGGGUGCCCUUCUUACGACAUUAACGACCUUGGUGAUCAACGUAGGGCUUUUGACUAGCGUGGAUGCUACCUUUUUCUUUGUGCUGUAUUUGAUGUGCCCUCAAAGUGGUGCAUUCCUCGUUCCUUACAUCCUGCUCAGCAACUGUUACGUGAACUCGUUCCUGAGCAUAUUGAACUCUAGACGCAUUCUUCGCGAUCUCGCUGAGAACCCGGACCUUCCCGAGUCGUUUGUACUCGAUGUCUGAUGAAUGUAUGUGGACACAUACUAGGUACAUGCAUGUACUUUAAAUUUGUACUUACACCGGGCCUGCUAUUAUUAAAGGACUGAUGGCACUUGCCUGAUUACGA